AUGGCAAUGGAGAAACACUCUGUUCUGGUGCUUGCCAUGUUGCUUGGCCUCCGAACCCUUGUGGCUGCCGCUCCCGGGACGGCCACCUAUUACACCCAAUACACCCCCUCCGCUUGCUAUGGCAACCAAAACAAGGGCACCAUGAUUGCAGCAGCGAGCGACGCUAUCUAUAGCAACGGCGCAGCAUGUGGGAGAAGAUACUCUGUGAGGUGCACCGGUUCGACCAACGGUGUACCCCAUCCUUGCAAGGGCGCUAGCGUGGUGGUGACCAUCGUCGAUCACUGCGCUGGCUGCCAGGCCACCCUGGACCUCUCUCACGAGGUCUUUGCCGCAAUUGCUGAUCCGAUAGCCGGCAAGAUCAUGAUUGACUAUACACAGUAA